CCACAAUCGCGGCACAAAACUGUGCACCCAAAGUAUCCUUAAAGGAGUUCUCCUCAAAUCUCAAAUCACCUCUCCAUGUCCCUGGACGUUUUUGUUUCUUCGGCAGCCUAUCGAUUGAUCGAUUGCGAUGGCGAACGUAAGCCCAGCGCAAAUCAAGACCAAGCUGUGCAAGAUCGAGGUUCCACAGGUUGUCCUUGACAAGGAUGACUGUGAUCCAUCUAUGGUGGUGCCAAGCCCAGGCACAUGGGAAGAGUGCACCACUCUUCCACAACCAACGCGGCGCUUGACUUUUCCAGUACCUACCGGAAGCGAAGAGGGCUGCAUUCUCAACAUCCCUUUGCAGGACGGCACCAAACUUGCCAAGGAGCUUCCGCAUGGCUUAAACUCCGGUGAGAUGGUUUUGGCUUUCCAACGGCCAGAUGGCGAUUGGCGCAUGAUGAAGAAACCUGCAGAGUUUGCUUUUGUGGUGCCUCCUGAUGCGACACCAGGAGCAGCUCUAAAGCCACAACUGCCAGACGGCACAUAUCUUCACUUUGAGGUUCCUGAAAGCGUUGGACCUGGGAACUUGAUCGAAUUGCAACAUCAAGGCUCUUGGCAACUGAAGAGAGUUGUGGAACUCACGGAGGUGCAACAAGUGCCAGCCCAAUCCAACACAAUUCGAGGGCCCUUUCUGGCAGCAUUGGACACCUUGCGUCAGUCAGUGUCCUUGAAGCAGUUGGUACCAGAUGCUUCGGGCAUCUUGGGCGUGAAUGUCCCGUUCUGCGGGCGGUUCCAGGAGUAUGCCAUGUUGGGGAACUUCCUGGCUGAGCAUUGCCUUACUUUGCCAGGCAUCAAGGGGGCCAGGAUCUUUGGUUGUGACAUGUCAGAUCGUUACUACUACGAUUGGGCCGUGGCUCGUCGAUGGUUUGCAGAGUUUCAUCCAAUGAUCGAAGUGCAUUUGCAGGUGCGAGACUUGCACCUUGAUCCUUUGCCAAAAGCUGGGCUGACCAUCGCCUUACACCCUGAAGUCACCAAAGGAGGCUCUUGGUUUCCAAUCAUGGGCUCUGUGAUCAAAGCUUCGCAGAAUGGCAUUUGCUUGAUCGCUUCCUUCUUCCAGGAUGAGGCCAAGACCCUAAUGAACAUGGUGGAUAUGUAUGACGAAGGUCGAGCCAAGCUACUCGUCGAGAAUACCUACUGGAAAGAGAGUGCAGAGAGCAAUGUGGCCGAGUCAGUUUUCGAUGACUUGGGGAACCGAACAGCAGCUCAUGCCCACUACAAGCACUGGGUGAACCUAGAGCCAAGGUCGGCCAAAGCGAAGAAAAGCUUGGCAUUGUCCUACUUAUGGGCUCAUGCUGACCAUUUGCAAGAGGGAAGUGAGCUUUGUGACGAGGCUUCAGAGCUUGAUCCACUCGAUCCAUCCAUACCUUUCGACUGUGCGCAAUUGCUGGUACUGCUGCUUCCUCCAAAUCCAGAGGCACAAUCCCAAGACUUUUGCGGUGAAGGGUUUCAGGACUGUGGAGAUCCCAGCAGUUCUCACUGGAUGGUUCACAUCGAGCCCAAGUUUCGCCGGGCCCAGGAAGCUGCAUUCAGCAGAUGGAGAGGUGGGCCGAGACCACUGCCCUUCAGCGGGCAGGAUCUCGUUCAGUGGGACUCGGCCCUGAGCUGCCCCAGAGGUUUGGCAGUUCGAGAUCCACUGCUGAUGGAUGCUGAAGCUACUGUCCUAGAGCUUUCCACCGGUGGUGCGGUGUAUGGCCAACGCGUGCCAGUGACCUUUGGUGGGCCCUUCACGUGGGCUGGCCAGCGCUACUUCGAACGGAGCGUCCGUUUGACAAGGUUGAAAGACGUCAUGAUCAGUGGCAAUGAAGGUGUUGUGACCAAAGGCUGUCACAUCCUGGUCCCAUACUACGACAAGCAAGUUCCUUGGCAUGAGCAACCGCCUCAGGAAGACCGCAAAAGCUUCCAACCUUCCAUACUUGGCAUAGACUGA